AUGAUGGGAAUUAUUUCAACAGGAAUCACGGAAGGAAAGGGUCGAGCUGGGGUAAUGAUUCCUAUCCCUGGAUAUGGCAUGUAUCAGGCGAGGCUACUGCAACACAACACACACCAGGUAAUACCUAUUCGUGUCACUUGGCGUCGCUUCCCGCGCAGCCUGUUCCAGGCGUUCAAAUAGUAGAACGCAGUGUUUGAGUUAAAUCGUACGCGGAGGAAACGAGGGGAGAGUGGGGCGAGAGCGAAGGAACUUUCCCUCUCUAGUCUCUCCUGUUUUUUUUUUUUUCCUCGUCAAUUUUUGGACCGUGCUUUAUUAUCUGAACGGCUAAAACAGGCUACUUCCCGCGAGAAGUGACACGCGUGUUGCGUCGCAUUUUUAGGAGUUGUUUUCACUAUCGUUCACGCAUUUUCCUCUACUUAACCUGCGUAGCUGGAAGGUUUGUCUGGGAGGGGCAGCGGAAAAAAGUGCGAGGAGAGUAGAGUGCUUGCACACGCUUCGCUCGUGCUAUCGCGGCUUUACUUCGCUUUUCACGCUUGCUGACCAGUCUAACUAGGCAUGUAUCAGUAACUGUUAAGAAGAAAGAGACUUAAGACUCUAGAAGAUGGCUGUAAAUUUGAAUUAAAUGUUCGCAUCGCGAAAGUCUACUACUGUAUUUUCCAUGCAGAUUUUCCAUCUUUAAGAGCCGUUGGCGCGUGCGAAUCACUACUAGAAAAACAAAAUAUUACAAAACAAAAAACGCCUUGUGGUGUUUGAGCAAGUUAGCUUCUUCCCUGCCUGUGCAAAAUUCGUCCAACUUUGGCUGAUUUUCACUUAAACCACGGUGACGGGCCGGUCGUACUCGGAGUCGUAAACGGGUUCAUAGGCUUAAAGGGAGGAAUCGGAGUCCCAAAGCAAGAAUCGGAACGUUUUUAUCUUCCGACUCCGCUUACGACUCCGCCGCUUACAGUGUAGUGAAAACGGGAGGAAUAAACCAAUCGCAAUACUCGGUCCCAACCACUGUGGCAUGUUGUGAAGGAUUGAUCUGUCGCUCGUUACAAGUGCGACAACCUUGUAGUUGUCACUACUGACAUUGUAAGCAACGGAGUCGUAUGCGGAAUCUGACUUCUUUUUCACUCGAUCAUAACGCUUUGCACUUCUAAUUACGACUAGUGAAAACUGGACCAGCCUUAAGAGUUCCCGAAACUAUCCGUCAACCGAAGUAAAUUUAAGAACUUGGUUCCAGUUUUGUUGCAGCAAGAAUUUGUUACUUCAAACUUCGGCAUUCUUCCUCAGAGACCCCAGGAGAAAAUUACGUUCUACUCAAGUUUUUAUUUAUUUUUUAUCCUGAAGACUGGUAUUUUACCUUCUUGACGAAGACAACAGCUGGGGUUUGAAUAUGUCUGAACUAAAGAAAAAGCUGGAUGGGGCAAGGCCGCACUGUUUACCAAGAGCCCUCGUGCUGAUAAAUCCAGGCAAUCCAACAGGUACGUUGAAUGUUUAUCGAUUUGUAAUACGUGCAGUAAUAUUAAUGCAGAUGAUGAUGAUGAUGAUGAUGACGAUUAUGAUGAUGAUGGUAAUGGUAAUAAAAUUUCUCUAUUUACUCUCGACAUUGUUUUACCACACAGUCAGGUUAGUACGUUCGAGCUUUCUUUUUACGGGGUGUCUCUUAUAAAAGGGUGUUCGUUAUACCAAGGUGUUAGCUAUAUAGGCGUUCUUUUUACCGGGGUGUUUUUUUUCCUCCUUUUUUUUAUGAAUUCCUCCUUAUACCGGGAUGUUCACUAUCUAGGCAGUCGUUAAACUAGGGUGUCCGUUAUAUAGAGAUUCUACGUUAAACCGAGGUGUUCGUUACAUCAGAGUUUAACUAUAAAAUGUAAACUUGUUCUGUCCUUCGUUUAUCCAUUAACUUUUGUCACGUUUGCUUCUUGUUUAUAUAUAGGUCAGGUGUUGACGUAUGAAGACAUUCAAGAAGUAAUCAAGUUUUGUGCUCGUGAGAAAUUAGUUUUAUUCGCCGAUGAAGUUUACCAAGACAACGUGUACGCUGAGGGAGCCCAGUUUCACUCGUGCAAAAAACUCCUCAAAGACCUGGGAGACGAGUAUAGCGGAUUUCAAUUGAUCUCUCUUCAUUCCAGUGCCAAAGGGUACACAUUCGAGUAAGUUGUGCGUGUGUGUUUUUCCUCUUGCUUGUUUGUUUUUGUGGCCACCUUCGGGUAGUAGACAAAAAUGAUUUAGUGCCAAUUUUGUACCCUUGGGCUCUGUUUGCCGGGCUUAUUUGAUUACACAUACAUAACCACAGACAAACCAUAAUUAACCCUUGCACUCCCAAUAACAAAUUACAAAUUUCCACUGAAAUUUCUUGAACAGUCGUCACGUGCUCUUUCCAACUAUAUUUUUGUAAACGGUAAACAACCUUGCUCUCCAUCAUGGCGGUUUCGUACCAUGCCAAUGACAAGCUGCAAUGGGUCAAUAUUUCAUCUACUGCGGCUACUGGACUUUCUUCAUUGCUGUUCCUUGCAGAUGUGGGCUCAGAGGUGGAUAUAUAGAGCUGGUAGGAUUCAAUGAUCAACUCAGGUCUCGAGUUAAAACUUACCUGAGUGCAAGAAGUUGCCCUUCCACAAUAGCACAGGUACGAAUAAUGUACGUCAUGUAGUGAAAUGGGGCAGAGGUCCCUAAUGAAAGGGCUGCCUCAAACCCUAGUCCACAAUUUCCGCUUUGAAUUCCUGGAAAAACCUCAUUUAAUACCUUUCGUUAGAGCAAAAGUAUCUUUGUGCUUCUAAGAUGAUUUAUUAACAUCUCCCAAGUCCUAGACAAGCCUGGUUGCUUGUGUUUCUCUUUUCGUCAUAUUGGCUUUGUGUUGUUUCUUCCUCUUGUUGUUUUGUUUUGUUCUAUGGUGGUCAGGGUAUUAGGCAGUUAAGCAAAAAAUUGCAAUAGUUCAGAUGUAACUUCAUGGUACUUAGGCGUCUCACACUAUGCGCAAAGAAUGGCGGGAUAGUGAAAGAUGGCUUUGCUCUCCUUUCUUACUCUUCCCUUUCCUAGUCCCUAGGCCUCAUUUUUCCUCGCGGCCAAAGCAUUUCGGGUCACGUGGUCCAUGCGAAAAUGUGAGGGCGUUUCCCGCCCGUUCGCCUCGGAUACGUCCUCGAAACGAAUUGACCGAGAGGGACUGGGAAAACGCCGUACAGGGACUAGGCAAACUCCUCCCAUAAAGCUUCGUGCUUCUCUUAUUUCCAGUCAUUCGCCUUGUGUCGCGCGAGUCUCGAAGCGCUUGCAGAGGAAGCUGUUAGUGCUUUAUUGUAAGGUACUCAAACUGUACUCAUUACGCUUGGUUUCUAACCCAAGGUAAUCAUGGGACUCACUUGCAACACUCCCAUGCCUGGCGAUGAAUCAUAUGAAAAGUUUUCAAAGGUAUGCACUGUAACUUAACCCAGAAAAACUCACGCGCCAAGCGUGAUCAUAAUCAGUGCUACUUUAUCGCUCGUGUAAUUUUUUUAAGGGGCUCUGUCACGGCUGACUAGUUUAUAUGGUUGAUAAUGACAAUAACGAGUCAUUAUUCGCUAUGUAACUUGAGAACUUAGUACUUAGUUGUGAAUGACAGAAUUAAUAGCGUCGUAUUAUUCUUUUUUCAGCUUGUGUCUAGUGCUCAGGCUGUAACGCGUUCCAGGUUUUAACGAAAAUGUAACAAUUUGAACCGUAGCUUUUCACGAUACAUAUAAAAGCAGUGAAAAAUAUAAUACUUAGUCAGGUGACGCCUCUAAUGCCUGCCUGCCUGCCACGGGAUAGCCGAUUUAACAAAUAAAGCUUGUUCCUCUUACCCUGGGUACCAGACGUUUUUCUCGCGGGUGGCCGGAUCCUUCGGCCUGCGGGCCGAAGCCACGAGUGGUGUCGUGCAUGAAAAGUCUCUGGCACGCAGGAUAGGUUUCCAUUGAUUCUUUUGCCCAAACAAAUCGUGAGAUUCGAGUCUUACACAAGUAAAGUUUGCCAAGUACUGAAGUCGCUAAGGGACUAGGUCGAGUAAACAAUAAUGUCUAUUUUCUCCUGGAAAAUUCGGCAAUCUUCUUAUAAAUGUAUAGAAAAUGAUCUUUAACUGCGACGCACUAGGGAAAUCUAUAGAGGUGAUUACAUCCAGUAUUCCCAUAUCUUGCCUAAUGCAUUAUUUUGUGUUUUAUCCGUAUUACGGGAAGUAACAUCCAUCAAGGAUUCUUACAAGAAGAAAGCAAAGAUGACAACGGAGGUUCUUAACUCAAUGGAAAAUGUUAAGUGUAACGAGGUGGCAGGUGCAAUGUAUGCGUUUCCAAGGAUAACACCUCCAAAGAAAGCUAUCGAGGCAGCCAAGGUAUCAUGUCUUGUUUCCGGCCCUGAUUUCUAGUACAACCACACUGCAGAAUACUGUCAGUAAUGGAUAUCCUAGGUGUACGGUAAUCCGGAUUCCGGAACCCGGGAAUUUUUUUCUUGUAGACUGAUUCGGAAUCAGUUCUGGGGUUUGAAAUUCGGAAUUCAGACCCGGUUGUUCAAAAGAUGGAUAGCGUUAUCCACGUGAUAAAUCUCUAUCCAGUGGAUACGUAUUAGCGAAACCAAUAGGUCCUUUGCAGCUAGCCAUUCACGUGGUACAAAACCGCCACGCUGGAGAGCAAAAGCCGCACUGGGACAUGACAAACAAAGGACAUACAUAAUUCUAAAUUGUAAUUUUCUUUGUUUGUCUUGUCCCAGUGCGACUUUUGCUCUCCAGCACGGAGGUUUUAUACCACGUGAAUGACUUGCUGCAAAGAGCCUAUUGCACUAUCCACUGCGGGAUAGAGAUUUUUCCCGUGGAUAGCGUUAUCCACCUUUUUAACAGCUGGGGCCUGCUCUAUAUAUAACGAGUGGAAUCUGAAAUCCACGUUUCACGGAGAAGGAGUACUGGAUCCACUACCUGCCAUCCGGGAUCUACAGCACAAAAUCUGGAAUCCACACGUGCGAUCCAGAAGCCAAGAUUCUCGUGGAUGCACCUUAUAUUAGAAGAAUGCCAACCCGUUUCCUGCUGUGUUAGUUUUCAUAAAAGGCGUUCUUCGGUUAGAAAAAGUGAAAAGGACGCUAUAGGCUCCCAUCUUAUUCAGGCUGCUGAUAAUGUCCCGCGACAAUUAAAAUUUCACUUUCUCAACUUUCCAUAUUGCAUUGCUAAAUUUCAUAGUCGUAUUCAUCUAGUACCAGCUCCUUGUCAAGGCUUCAUGUAGGGAUUCUUUGAAAUACAGAUAUUCCCCUCACAAGGAAAGUAUCUAUGUGGUCUGUUUGGUGAGCGAGGUGUCAGGGUGGGUGGACAAAAGCAAUGUGUAGAUAUUGUUUGAGUUUACUUUGUUGUUUGUAUUGUCAUUGUUAUUUAGGCCAAGGAAAUGCCACCAGACGAGUUUUACUGUUGGCAGGCGCUGGAGAAAACUGGAAUUUACAUGAUUCCUGGCCAGGUUUUUGAUAUGAAAGGCAGCGGUAACAACUUUCAGUGAACUUUUACUACAGGUAAGAUUUGAAUUAACAAGGGCGAUCAACUUCAGGCCGGAAUUUUGAUGAUUUUAAAAACCUCCCUGUUAUAUCAUUUGCGCCCUUGUGUCACAAGGUUUUCAAAGGCUUGUCUGAUAUAUUUAGAUUGAUUAGAUUGAAUGCACAUUUAAAUUUGGAAAGACCGCUCUCCCCAACCCCCUCCUUCCCACCACCACUACCACCACCACCAACAACAACAACAACAACAAAAUAACGGAUCAUUAUAGGUUUCUGGGAAACUGACCACCUACCCCUCCCCUAAGCCAUCAUUUUGCCCCAAGUGAGAAGUAAAAAAGGUGUUAAUGUUGGCUUAGGGGAGGGGUAGGUGGUCAGCUUCCCAGAAACGUCUAAUGAUCCAAAAUAAACAGUCAAAGAAUAGAACCGAAAAGGUUGUCGAUAAGAAUCCUAUAGUACAUUGUAAAUUAAUUACAAUGUUUCCAUUUUUUGCUCCGGUAACCAAUUCAAUCAGAACACAUUACUCCCCUCAUCUUGUACGUUCGCGGAAUCACCCAUCUAACUGGUAGGUUAUAAUCAUUGAUUAUGGAUCCGCGUUCGUCUUAUUCUACUAGCAUGACAUCUGCACGAAAACGAGGCUAAAGGAAACGAAAACUAGUCCAAAGGAGUCCAGUUUCCUGUGGCCGAGUUCCCCCUGAUAAAAUUAAUAGGGGCGGCUAAUCGGCAGUCGCCCGCGAUAACUCGAAAAAGUCUGCCUUCGUACCACAGGAACACCAAAUUAGGAUGCGUUCUGACAAACGCAAUAAGGGUAUACACAGAUCAGCCUAUAGCCGGGGUGGUGUGGGCUUAGUGGAGGGCCUGCAACUGGAAUAAAGUUGUUGUUUUCAAAUAGAAGGACUCACAACCGGGAUUAUACGGUAUGGACCAGAGCAUAAACUUACUUGGGAAAAAGCGUCCUAAAAGCGACUUGUCCGUAAAAGCGACGUUCUGUCAGCGUGUGAAAGUCUGAUCGAAUUGGACCAAGUUUCAUCUCCACAUUAUGGCUUAACAUAAUCCAAAACGGUUUGAUUUUUCAGACCCACUAUCCAUACGAAGGAAAUAACUUAAAACGGUUUCAUGUUUUAAUCUUUCUUGGUAGGAUCACUAUUCUUCCUUCUGAAGAGACGUUCGCUCCAAUGUUUGAGCGACUAAGAACCUUUCACCAAGAAUUCAUGGCGCAGUUUAAGGACACGAACUGA